AUGGCAGCCAUGGAUGCAGAAGAGAUGGAGAUGUUGAAGGAGGCCAUGGACUCCAUGAGGCUAGAGAAUGCCAAACUCCACCGAGCACUGCAGUCUUCAGAAGACCGCGUCUCCACAUUGCAGAAGCAGUUGGCUGGUCGAAUGAUGACUGAUAGGAAUGCCAUUCAACAAGCCUCUGGCUUGGCUCAGAUUGCUGCGGGACGGCAGGAGAAGCUGCGGGUGGUCUUGUGGAUUUCCAAUCGUGUCACCCAGGAAGCCGCCUAUUCCCAAGCGCGUUUGUGUUUGUGGGCCUGGGGAAGGCAUGCCUUGCUCCAACGGCAUUUGGAGGCGGCAAAGCCCAGCAAGAAGCGUGAAGCUCAGGAAUCGGAGAUGGGGAAGGCAAGUCCUGCAAGUCCUGCGAGUCCCAAAGGCACCAAGGGCACCAAGGACUUGGCGGUGGCAGUGACGAUCGCCUCUACCGGCACUGCACCUUGUAGCGAAGCUUCGGAGUGCCCUGCCGUGAACCAGGUCGCAGCAGCAGCUGCCCUGGUACAACGAGAUCACAAUCGAUGGCGAGCGCAUCACCCAGAGAUCCAACAAAGCUCCUGCGAAGGGCGACAGAAGCACAGCUGUGGGGCCAAUAGCAUUUGUGCCUGGAAUCAGAACUUGUCUCGAUGUCAAGCCAGAAUUGCUUGGUUUCACAUCAUGAAAUGCGGAUCCAGUUUCGGGGCGACCUUGGCGCAUUUCGCCAAUUCCUCGCUACCGCGGCUGGCGCAUAUGCCCAGCUGUACCGGAAACGUGGCUGAUGCGGAUGAAGACCGCUGUGAAGGAAAUCUCACACAGGGCCCUCGUGAUUUCUUCAUCUACAAAUAUCCGAUCCACGAGUGGUUUCCUGAUGUCUUUUGGACCACGAACUCUUCCACGGAACCUGGCGGACAUCGGAUCAUCGGAGAUGAGGAUUUCAAGGAAUGGCAAGGACGCUUCGUGGGUUUGUUUCGCUCACCAAAAGCACGUGUCGCCUCAGCAUACAACCACUUCGUGCUGGGUACCAAUGAGACUUUGCCGCCGGUGUUAAGACAUUCCAACCAUUCCGUCCGAAUGCAGUAUCUCAAGAAAUACGCAGCGGUAGCACGAGGUACUAUGACCAAAAUGCUGAGUGGAAUCUAUGACAUGAAUCCCAUUCAGUGUGAGUUUCAUUUCGAUGAGUCGAUCGCACGAGAUCCCUACUGCAGCGGCCUCUGUAAGAAGUGCUUGAACCAGGAUCCCUCAGCAAAAUCCUUGAAAGUGGCCCUGGCGAGACUUCAGAAGUUCGCCUUUGUUGGACUCACCGAAUAUUUCGAUCUCUCAGUUUGCCUUUUCCAUGCGAUGUUCGGUGGCGAAUGCCGGCCUGUGGAGUUUGCCAACAUGCGCCCAAGCCACUACCUCGACGACUUUCCCGAUUUCUUGAAAGCCCAUGAUAUUGAUGAUCCGUAUGAUGGAGAGCUCUUCAAAGCAGCCUCCAAAAUCUUCUGGUCCAACGUGGCACAUUACAACGUCACCACUGAGAGCUGUUCGCGGAUGUGUGCACUGGAGAAAGGGGGAGGGGGAGACCGUAGACGGUCACAAGUGACAGACUCGGGCCUUGCGUUGAUCCACGAAGCACAUUUAGAGCGUUGUCAAUCCCUGGCCAAAUGGUCGGCGAAGCGACAGAGUUGGCUAUUGGCUGAGCAGAGCGCCUAUCGCUGUUUGGCCGCCUGGCGCAAGUUCUGCUUUGCAGCGGCGCGGCAGCGCUUGGCUGAAUGGUCUGCUGAACAACUGGAGAGACAGGUGAAUCAUGGCCUGUUGGUGUACUGCUUCUUCAGUUUCCGACGUUUCGUGAAGGGUACCAGACGACCUGGCACUGCUGUGAAGGAUGAGGAAGGCGCCACUGAAGUUCAUCGAGAGGAACUCAGUUUGUUGACACCUGCAGCCCUCUGUCGUGCCACCUUUCACGAGAGCGCCAGUCGUCGCUUACGCCUGGUCACAGUGUGGCAGGCUUGGCGUUCCGCCACUGUGGACCUGCGACAAGAGCGAGUUGCCGUGGCUUUGCACAGCCGUUUCGAACAGGAGCACGACUUGAUGGAUGAGCGCAUCAUCUUCUGCAGGGAUGCAGUGGUCAAGGAGAAGCUCCGAGGGCACCAGGCCUUCCUGCUGCGAUGGAUUUUCGACGCCUUCAUGCGCAGCACCGUGAUGGGUCGACACAAAGCUCGGAGCCUGCGCAAAGAACAGGAGCUUCAAAGUAUGUUCGAUGAUGCCAAGCGCAGUAUGGUUCAGCUCUCCAGUGCAGCAGUGGCGAUCCUGGAACGAAUGCGUCGUGAUCCAAAGCCAUGGACGAUGAAGCUGAUCCUGCACCUUUGGGUCUUCUCUACCGAGUUGUCCAAAGAGCAGCUUCAGACAGAGGGCGUGCAGCGCCACUUAAAGGACGCCCUGGCAGAGGUGUCCUUGCUGCAUCGACGACUGGCGGCCGCUGGUCAACCUGCAAGAGAGGAGCCCAACCCUGCACUGGAAGAGUUUGAAGCAGCAGGCCGUGCUGCUUUGAGCAUCUACGGAUCGGCCGAGACCACCGCUGUAAAAAACCGCCCGGCAUCGUCAUCUUCCUCCGCCUAUGUGUCCACAGAAGGUCCCAGAGUUCGCGUGCCAAAGGGCAAUGACUUUGCCAGCACCAUGGCAUACCUCCGAGAAGCGCGAAAGAAUCCAGGCCUGUGGAGAAUGCUGGAAAGUGUCUUGGUAUCCGAGACCAUGGUAGUUGGACUUUUCUCGGGCCGCCACUCGGAGGUUCCAAUGAGUUCCUUAGGUGCGUCUCCAAGAACCAUCAAAGUUCCCAGUCGUCCUCAAAGUGCCAGGGUUCGGCCGCAGAGUGCACAGAGUCGUCGCAGUGAAGGGGAUGGAGGUCAAAGCUGCCUUAGCUACAAAGGUUUGAUGACCAGACAACAGCACCACAACAGGCCUUCAUCAGCUGGGCGACGCAUUCUCCCUGCCGAGCUGGGUCUGUCGGGGCGUCGUGUCCUUACUCUUCCAUCGCAUGUGGACAACUGUGACCAAGGAGAAAGUUGCUGUUGGCGUUGGUUGGCUCACGCCGUCUUGAAAGAAGCUUCCUGGUUAAAAGAGGAUCUCGACACCCUGCGCAAGGAAUAUGCUCACCACAUGGAGCAGCAAACCAAGAUAGAGAGUUCCGUGGAAGAGCUGGCGGAGCUUCGAGGGGCUCACCGUACUUUGCAGAUCGAGCUUCGGAGUUCUCGGGAUUCCUGUGACGUGUUGAGGCAGGAUUUGCUUCUGGCCAAGACCCAAGCGGUUCAGAAACAGAGCCGCGAAGAGGAUCUCACCCAAGAAGUGGCCAGAUUGACCGAAGAGAAGUCACAGGCCACUGCCAAGGCUGAGAAAGCGAUGGAGAAGUCCAUGGAGACGGAACGCGAGAACUACAAGAUGCAUGCAGAUGUGGAGGACCUGAAGAGACAGCUGCUCUUCUUGGAAGAUGACAAAGUGAGAACAGAAGGUUUGAUGAAAGCCCUCACCAAAGAGCGCGAUGAGUUGAGGGAGGCGCAGGAGGCCCAAAAGGAGGCCCAAAAGCGCCGGAAAGCGGCAAAGGCCAAAGCGGCAACGGCCAAACCCGGGAGCAACGGGAACCUACGCCGCUAA